CUGUGACCACUAGUAAGAAAGCCAAGGGAAACGUACCUCAUUAUUUGUCUAUCACUAUUAUGAUAGUUUGUGAAUUUAACCAGUUUAAUUGAAUAGUUUUUCCCCUUUCACCAAAUGGUAUUGAUAAGGCAGUCUCAUUGCUGUAGCUUUGCUGUCAGUGGACAGUGGCCACAGUGGACAGCAGGCUGUGGGGGUGUGUCCGCAUACUGGCACAGUGUCAUCACAAAAUCACCUACCCAGCAUCCCCGGCUUCUAACGGCAGUCAAAUUAAAACAUUUCAAAGGAGGAAAACUCAGCAUUAAAUGAGACACUUUAAGUUCCCAUGUGGGAAAAACCUGAUUAGGUAUCAGUGUUUAGGGACAGAAUGUACUGUGUCUUUGUCACCAAGUAAGGAUUCACAUUUUACACUGCCAUUAAACUCACUGGAGAUGUUGCAACCAUAAAAUGUAUAUAUUGACUGAAAAUACGUAUAUCUUUACUGUAAAAAUGUGAACAGGUACUUUCAUGUCCAGCCUAUGAUUGGUGGACUGUGGAACACUAUUCUGAACUGAUUUCUGUGAAUAUGGACUAGGUGACUUCUGGCUGGGAAUGAUUUCACCUUUUUGUAAGAAGUCUUUUUUCCAGAAACUUGAAUCUUUUGUGAGUUAGGAAGUAUCUUCUUGCCACUAUGUGUUCCUUCUGAUCUCCAUUACAUCCCUGAGCCAAAUCCAAUCUAAAGGCACUCAUGAAUGCUACAUUUUUUUGUAAUAAAUAUUUAAUUGACAAUAUAUUAUGGAAAUUAUAUAUAUUGUGGUAUGCUCACAUAAUGUUCAUGAGAGAAAAAAUCCUUUCCCAUAGACAAUCCCACACUUAGAAGUGUAAAAAAGUAGUUCAGUUAAUCUCAUAUUUCAUUAGAGAUGUUAUUUUAACAUAGGUGAAUCGUUUUUUUCAUUGGAACUAUUUCAUUUCAAUAAAAAGACUUGAUAUGGGACAUUUUCUCUAAUAGUUAAAUUACAUAAACAAAACCACAAUAACCCUGUUGUUCAUAGACCCUGUAAACUACAGAUGAUAAGUAUACCUGGAAAUAAAUAAAUGCAAUGAAAAGCAUUUCAUCUCAGAGGUACUGGUGGCUGUAUUACAUUGUCCAUAGUGAGCAGAAUGUCAUUUUAAAAUGAGUGUGCCAAAGCCCAAAACUUAAUGAGGCAUGUUGAGACAUGUUUUAUUACAAAUGUUUAUGAAAAACUAUAUUUUUAUAUAAUGAUUUUUUGUGACAAAUAUGAAAAAUGUUUAUGCUAGCUGCAUUUUUCAACAACAUGUUUCUUUUAUGGGAUAUAGAGGUGUGUUUUUCUGCCAACUGGGGGCAGCAGAGAGCUUUAAAAACAAGGAUUAGAGACAGUCAGUGUCACAUGACACUGAGGCCUGCUAGAGGAGACCAUCUCUUGGAAGACGGGGACAGCGCAGGAAGAACGUCUGUCAUGUCUCUAGUCCCAGCCCCCCUCAACACCGGACGGUUGGGCCCGGAGGCGCUCCUGAGAGAGAUCCACACCAAUCUGCUGGAGUGUAAAGUGUGCUUUGAGAAGUUCAGUGGGCAGCAGAGGGAGCGCAGGCCUCGGAACAUGCCCUGCGGUCAUGUGCUCUGCCUGGAGUGCCUCACCCUGCUCUCCCACCCCCAUCUGCACAAGCUGGAGUGCCCCUUCUGCAGGCAGCUGUGCAGCGUGUCCGACACCUCCGACUGCCUGCCCCUUUUCGACCUAUCGGAGCUGCUGGUGCGCGGUAGCCCCAGGCCGGCCGUCCCACACAGGGUGAGUGCAGGCACCGGUCGGGCUGGGGGGCUGGAGUACGGGGCUCUGCAGCUGCACUCUGCCUUCGGGGGCUGGGGGAACCUGGUGAACCCCACAGGGCUGGCUGUGUUCGGGUCGUCAGGGGCGGUGGCAGUGGUGCAUGACAGUGACAGGAGAGUAGCAGUCUUCAGUCCCCAGGGGAGGCGGCUGCACAAGUUUGGACAGAGAGGCCACGCCCCUGCUGAGAUCUGCCACCCUCUGGAUGUUGCAGUGGCACCCAGUGGGCACGUGAUCAUAGCAGACGCAGGCGACAGCUCUGUGAAGGUGUUCACCUCCAGGGGGCGCAGUGUGGUGACCAUCCGUGACUCCUUCAAACUGCCCUGGGGUGUGGAGGUGGAUGGAUGUGGGCACAUCUUGGUGACAGAUGCCCAGGCGGGCACAUUGUCAGAAGUGGUGGUGGACUAUGCCCGCUCCCUCACAGUGCUGAACCGAUUAGUCAGCACUGACCUGCAGUGCCCAAGGUCGGUGGCCUACUGUCGGGUAACUGGGAACGUUGCCGUGGUAGAGCACAUUGGAGGCUUGGCAGAAAGAGGAACUGGCAGUGAUUGUGCACAGGUCACAAUAUUCAACAGCGAGCUCACCCUCCUCAUGAAGAUUGACAGCUUCGGCCUAACGCUUGUUUCCCCAGUGAGGCUAUGCAUCUCUGCUGUGGCUUUUGACAGGGAGGGGCAUGUGAUUGUGGCAGAUGUGGGGCAGGGGAUGAUUUGGAGUUUGGGGAAGCCCCAGAAUCAUCCAGUACUGACCCCACUGGUCAGUCAUGGACUGGUACGUCCUGUGGGUCUUGUGGCCACUGCUCAAAACAUGUUGAUUGUCCUGGACAGUGGAGACCACUCAGUGAAGUUGUACAUGGCCAAUUCAGACCUCAGCAUAACAAAACAGUGAUACUGGUUCACAUACCUUUAACCAAUGAGAUUUCUUACAGGGUGCACUGUAACUAUCCUGAGUUCUUUUCAUUUAACUACGAGUAACAAAUUUACAAGACUAUACAACCUUUUAUUGAUUGCGUAACAGUUUGCAAAUCACUGAAAUGAAGGAAAUAUUUUUAGAGUUAAGUCAGCUUUGCUUAAAUUCCUUGCUGAGAGUAAAGUGCAUUUGGACAAAACAACAUAUCUACUAGAUUUAAAAUCCCCCAUUGAUUAUUUUUUUAAAUUUUAUUUUAUUCUUUUUUUUUUGGGGGGGGGGGGCAUUUUUUUAAAAAACGGAGUGUGUUCAUUACUGUUUCCCUCUGUGUCAUCCAUGGUAUUGAGAUCUUAUUUCUACUAUUUUACCAAAAUUUCAAACAAAUUAAAGAUGAAAUGUAACUACAUUUUACUAGACUGCCAUGUCAACGGUGGGAGGAUUGAUGCAAUAAAGAUGUGUGCUCUGUACAA